GCAACGUUAAUCUUAGAACGGAAAAACGAACUUUGAAUGGGAACGACGAACCCCCGAAUAUAAGGGGGCCAAACGAGAGCUUUCAAUCUCCGCAGCAGCAGCGGCGGCGACCCCCAAAUCGCAUGUGGCGGAACCCUAAUUUGCGAGACGAUCUUUUGGGUAAAUUUGUAAUUGCUCCUUCUGAUGGGGGCACCGAAGCAAAAAUGGACGGCAGAAGAGGAAGCGGCAUUGAAAGCUGGGGUUAUAAAGCAUGGGGCUGGAAAAUGGCGUACAAUUCUCAAGGACCCUGAGUUUAGCAGCGUCUUGUAUCUGCGCUCGAAUGUCGACCUGAAGGACAAGUGGAGAAACAUGAGCGUGAUGGCUAAUGGUUGGGGUUCACGAGACAAGGCUAAGCUGACUGUUAAAAGAGUGCACCAUGUGCCUAGACAGGAAGAGAGCUCUGCAGCUGCUAGGAACGCUGUCCAAAGUGAUGAGGAAAUGGUGGAUAUGAAAGAUCUUUCAAUUUCUGGUGAUGCUCUGCACAUUGAUGGUCCAAAGCGAUCUAUCGUUAGGUUGGAAAACCUCAUCAUUGAUGCCAUAAACAGUCUGAAGGAGCCCAGUGGUUCUAAUAAAACAGCAAUUGCUACAUUCAUUGAGGAGCAAUAUUGGGCACCUCCAAAUUUCAAGAGGCUGCUGUCAGCAAAACUAAAGUACUUGAUGUCAAUUGGCAAAUUGGUUAAGGUGAAACGCAAGUAUAGGAUUGCUCCUGGACCUGGCUCUCUUGCUAGAAGAAGGACCUCUUCGAUGUUUCUGUCUGAUGGAUGGAAGCUUCCACCAAAAGUGGAUAGAAAUGAUGACGAUGAUGAUGUGCUUACUGCGGCCCAGGUUGACUUGGAGUUGGCCAAGAUGAGGACUAUGACUCCAGAGGAAGCUGCUGCAGCAGCUGCUCGAGCAGUUGCUGAGGCAGAAGCUGCCAUUGCCGCUGCUGAGGAGGCAGCUAAGGAGGCUGAAGCUGCUGAAGCUGAUGCAGAAGCAGCACAAGCUUUUGCAGAAGCAGCGAUGAAAACAAUGAAAGGAAGAAAAGUGAUGAUUCGAGUAUGACAGCAUCUCUGUCAAGUGCAGAUAGGAGCUAGGUGUUUUGAGUUUUCCUAGACGAGAGCUCAUGUUUUGAUAGUCUGCUGGUAUCUCGUAUCAUUUGUAAAUAUGUCAGAGACAAUUCUCUCCCCUGUUGAUGCUGUUGACAAGUCUUCUUCAUGCGUUGCUGUAUUGAGCCGCUGCAUAUUGCACUGUUGGAGGUUCGGACUGAUUGGAUGAUAGAUCUCAUGGUGCAGAAGUUUAGACAGCUGAUAUCUGCAGAAAGUUUUCGACUGUUCUUUUCAUUUGCAGUUUAGUCGAAAGGGAUAGAUUGAUUGGAGUGCUCUAAUUUAUUUUUGAGAGCAGCAGGGUGUACAUUUUCUUAACUCUAGGCGCAGUUACAUUCGACGGAUUUUUGUGCCUUCUCAUUUUGAACGUGCUCUUUUCAGAUUCUUUUAAAUGGUGUAUCCCAGACUUUAGGCUGUAGUUUUUCAGCUAUGUAGCAGAAAUUUCAUUUAGUGAAGUCCAUUGAGGGCUGAUAACUGUUGUAGGAAUUGUAGGUACUCUAAUACCUUGUCGUCUGUGACAACUCAAUUGCUGCUUCA